GUUGUCUACUAAAUGUCUAGGGCCUCUUUUAUAAGCGCCCCAGAAAAGGACUCCUUCUCUCAAGACUGCAUGAAGGAGGCCUUACCAUAACAAAUAACCUAGACUGAUAUUCCUUGCAUAUCAUUCAUCCAUCCUAUGAUGCAAAUAUGCAAGCAUGAAUGGGCCUUGACGAUGUGGCCUGGGAACCGGCCGAGAAAAUAUCUGACAACUGGCUCGCUCAAUUUCUCGAGCUGGACAUCUUGAGACCGAUCGCGGACUUCAUCCUUACUCACAACAGAGGCAAUGCGACCGAGUUGCCAUACUCAAAAAGGGAUGCGACCGUUGUGCGGUUCUCGCAGCCCGGUGCCGUUUUGUUCCCUGAGGAGAAAGUCAUGAAUGAGGUUGCUGUGAUGCGAUUUCUUGCAGACCAGACGUCGAUACCCAUUCCAUUUGUUCUCCACUCCGUUACAAAGAAAGAGAACGAAGAUGUACGACGCUCUCAACACGCCAGAGUGUCCGAAAGAGGAACGGGGUUUCUGCACCCAAACAUCAACGAAGACAAGAUUGAGAUGCUGUAUAGUCAGCUCGCGGCUCCCUCUGUGUCUCGGAUAGGAUCUCUCAGCCAGAUGGAUGACUUCACCUGGGAAGUAACACGCCGGCAAUUGUCAAUGAAUAUGAAAGAACUUGUACGACUGGGAGGUUUGCCGCGAUCAAAACUUCCGGAUACAGAUACUACUUAUAACACAACUUCUUCAUAUUUUGAAGUCCUUGCGGAUCUCAAUAUUGAGCAUUUGGUACCCCAAAGGAAUGAUGCUGUGGAGUCCGCCGAUGACUGUCGAAGAAAGUUUGUGGCGCGACAGCGGCUCACCAAUCCAUCGCUCGAGAACGGACCUUUCGGAAUCUGGUGUGAUGAUUUACGACCAGCUAAUGUACUACUUAACGAGAAUAUGCAGAUCGUCGGAGUGGUGGAUUGGGAGUUCACAUACCCAGCACCUGCUGGAUUUACUUAUGCGCCGCCUUGGUGGCUGCUUAUUGAGAAGCCUGAGUAUCGUUUGAAGACAUUUCUCAGGGCGAUGGAGGCUUGUGAAGACAUAGCGAUCCAGCAGGGUCGGCUGAAAGAAGACCAGCGGCUCUCCGGCCCUAUGCAACGGAGCCGGGAGUGCGGUGAUUUCUGGAUCAUGUAUGCAGUGUCGCACAGCUUUGCUUUUGAUGCAAUCUACUCGCAGAAGAUUGACCCACGGCUUUUUGGGCCCCAUUGAGAGUCCUGAGGAACAUUGGAAAUAUAGACUCGGUCUGCUGGAUGAGAAGGAAAGUAUGAGAUGGAACUACUGGUGGCUCGGAAGCUGGAAGAAAAGAAAACCAGGAUCUUGGCGAGAGACCCGGAUUAGUAUACCGGGGCUUUUCGCCAGCAAUUGAAGAGACGGAGAGAAAAGGCAAAGGAAGAGGAAGCCAACGCGGGUGAACCGGAUGAAGCCGACAAGAUGGAGAACAGCGGAGUGAAGGAGGAUAAGACCACCACGCAUUUGUCUGGCUAGUUGCGAUCGC